GCGGCGUGAGGCAGGGCGGGGAGGAAGAGGAGGAAGAGGAGGAAGAAGCGCUGCUGCUGCGAACAAACAUGGUUCGGUGACACGACGACAGGAACGCCGAGAGAAACCGGACCGGAACCGAAUCAGAACUUCUGAGGCCGCUGCAAACUCCUGAGGUGGCGAGAUGAGUCAGCGCCGUGCCGACUGGCAUGGCUCCCCGGGGCCCAACGAUGAGGUGAUGCCGUACAGCGACGACGAGACGGACGACGAACUGGACGAGACCUCUGAUGAAAGCGAGGCAGAGGAGCCGAGGGAUGCCCCGCGUCCCCCUGAGGAGCCCAGACCCCCCGAAAUCGGCUGGAAAGUGAAGGCAAACGACAGAGCGUACCACCAGCUGCCAGAGUUUCAGAAGAAGGUCUUCCUCUGCAUAAAGAAGAGCAGAUACUCUGGAAACGCAAUCAAAACCUACAAGUACAACUUCUUCACCUUCCUCCCCCUGAACCUCUACGAGCAGUUUAAGAGGGUGGCCAACAUCUACUUCCUGGCUCUGCUGAUCCUUCAGAUCAUUCCAGAAAUUUCCACCCUUCCCUGGUACACCACCCUGAUUCCGCUGGUCAUCGUGCUGGGAAUCACCGCCAUCAAAGACCUGGUGGACGAUCUGGCCCGACACAGGAUGGACAAGGAGGUGAAUAACAGGAAGUCUGAGGUUCUACUGGAUGGAAGGUUUAAGGAGAAGAAGUGGAUGGACAUCCAGGUGGGCGACGUGGUUCGCCUCAAGAAGAACGACUUUAUUCCGGCUGACAUCCUGCUGUUGUCCAGCUCCAACCCAAACAGCCUGUGUUACGUGGAGACGGCCGAGCUUGACGGAGAGACUAACCUGAAGUUCAGGAUGGGCCUCCGAGCGACGGACGAGAGGCUGCAGGAGGAGCGAGAGCUGGCCCAGUUUGACGGUAGGAAGGACCCACCUACCCACCACAGGGGGGGGGGAUUCACCAUUCAGCAAUCGGAAUCCGCUGUCCAUCCAUCCAUCCAUCAUGGUCUACAGUUGAUACCAGAACGGAUCAGAACCAUGGUUCUGGUCGGCUACUCCGGUUUAUUCCAGCUUGUUGCUCUUCUCCCUACAGGUGACCCAACCACUGCUGAAGGAGUAUCGCUGGACAAGAUAAAGCCGGUGGACUGGGGCUGGAACAACUAUGCUGACAGGAAGUUCGAGUUUGUGGACCACUUCCUGGUCGCCAAGAUCAAGUCCAAGAAGGACAAAGACGCUCUGGAGUUUUUCAAGCUUCUGUCACUCUGCCACACCGUCAUGGUGGACAACAACGACGGUGACCUGGUGUACCAGGCUGCGUCACCUGAUGAGGGCGCUCUCGUCACUGCCGCCAGGAACUUCGGCUUCGUUUUUCUCUCUCGUACCCAAGACACCAUCACCAUCUCGGAAAUGGGACACGAGACGACCUACGAGAUGCUGGCGCUGCUGGACUUCAACUCGGACCGCAAGCGCAUGUCCAUCAUCCUGAAGUUCCCAGACGGCCGCAUUCGCCUCUACUGUAAGGGAGCCGAUACGGUGAUCUACGAGCGACUCUCCCCAGACACCAGACACAAGGACUCCACCCAGGAGGCCCUGAAUAUCUUUGCUAAUGACACGCUGAGGACACUCUGUCUCUGUUACAAAGACAUCAGCGUCAGCGAGUUCGAGGCCUGGUCCCGGAGACACAAGGAGGCCCAGGUCAACAUGGUGGACAGAGAAGCUGCCCUGGACCGUGUUUCUGAGGAGAUCGAGAAGGACCUGAUGCUGAUUGGAGCCACCGCCAUAGAGGACAAACUUCAGGAUGGCGUUCCAGAGACCAUCGCCAACCUGGCCAAAGCUGACAUCAAGAUCUGGGUCCUGACCGGCGAUAAGAAAGAGACGGCAGAGAACAUCGGCUUCUCCUGUAAACUGCUGACCGAUGACAUGCAGAUCCAUUACGGAGAAGAUGUGAAUGAAAAGCUGAGGAUCCGUCAGGACACAAGAAGAAACGAACCUCCAUCAUCAUUUCGACCCGGAAAGAAGAAGACCUUGGAGCCGUUCUUCCCUGGAUCUGGAAAAAACGCCCUGAUCAUCACCGGAGGAUGGCUGAACGAGAUUCUUUAUGAGAAAAAGAAGAAACGCCGCCGUCUUCGUCUUCGCCGUUUAGGAAAGAGACAAAGUCCCAGCAACCCUCAGGAUCCAAUGAACGACACGGAGAAGGAAAUGAGACAGUUGGACUUCGUGGACAUGGCCUGCGAGUGUGAAGCCGUGAUCUGCUGCCGCGUCACGCCCAAACAAAAGGCCAACGUGGUGAGUUUGGUGAAGAAGUACAAGAAGGCCGUGACGCUGUCCAUCGGAGACGGAGCCAAUGACGUCAACAUGAUCAAAACUGCGGACAUCGGCGUGGGCAUCAGCGGUCAGGAGGGGAUGCAGGCUGUCAUGUCCAGCGACUACGCCUUCGCCCAGUUCCGUUACCUGCAGCGCCUCCUGCUGGUGCACGGCCGCUGGUCCUACAUCCGGAUGUGCAAGUUUCUGCGUUUCUUCUUCUUCAAGAACUUUGCCUUCACUCUGGUCCAUUUCUGGUACUCCUUCUUCAGCGGAUACUCCUCUCAGGUGGCGUAUGAGGACUGGUUCAUCACGCUCUACAAUCUGGCGUACAGCAGUUUACCGGUUCUCCUCGUCGGACUCCUGGAUCAGGACGUGAACGACAGACUCAGCCUGAAAGUUCCCCGCCUCUACAUCCCCGGUCAGCUUGGAGAGCUCUUCAACUUCAAGAAGUUCUUCAUCAGCCUUUUCCACGGCAUCUUCGUCUCCCUCAUCAUCUUCUUCAUCCCGUACGGAGCCUUCCUGCAGACCAUGGGUCAGGAUGGGGAGGCGCCCUCCGACUACCAGUCCUUCGCCGUGGUCACCGCAUCGUCUCUGAUCUUCACCGUAAACCUGCAGAUCUCUCUGGACACGUCCUAUUGGACCUUCGUGACCUUCUUCGCCGUGUUGGGCAGCAUCGCCAUCUACUUCGGGAUCAUGUUCGACAUCCACAGCGCCGGAAUCCACGUCAUCUUCCCCUCGGUGUUUACCUUCACAGGCGCGGCGUCCAACGCUCUGAGACAGCCCUACCUGUGGCUGACCAUCGUCCUGACGGUGGGGAUCAGUCUGCUGCCCGUCGUCUGCAUCCAGUUCCUCCAUAAAACCAUCUGGCCCUCCAUUGGAGACAAGGUCCAGAGGAACCGGAAGAAGUACGAGAUGCAGAUGGAGGAGGAGGACAAGAAGAAGCAGCCCUCGGCGUUCCAGCGAGGCCGGGCUUCCCGUCGCUCCGCCUACGCCUUCUCCCACACGCCCGGCUACGCCAACCUCAUCUCCUCCGGACAGAGCAUCCGCCGCCGCCAGACGGCACACGGAGGAAACACCGAGAGGAGGCCGUCCCCCCGGAGACGGGCGGAAAACAUCUGAGUGGAGCAGGAACCGCGGGAAGGCCUUCUGACCCCGCCUCUGGGGGGCGGAGCCCUCCUGCUAAACUUUGCUCCUUUUAGGCACAAACUGAUGACUUGAAACGCUCACCGAAGAGACGCCGCCGCCACGCGGCCUGAUGUCACCUUUGUGACUGACAAUGUUGUUUAACUCAGGAUUAUUUUAAAUGCCUUAUUUUUAGCCAGCAGUGCGACUGACGGGAAGCUGUUAGCGCUGUUAGCGCUGUUAGCGCGUAGCCUUUAGCAGUUUUAGCUCACAUCCACGAAGCACUUCCUCAUAAAUUCCAACCAAGUUCUGCUGUGAUUCCCAAACGUUUCCCUUCCUGUGACGCCGCCAUGACAGGCUGAACGUUUUCUUCUGCUUUUAUUCUCUAGUGGAUGUUUUCUACGCCAGACUCAGCCGCCGCUUCUUACAAAGUCUUUUAAUUUAAAUUAGCUGUAAAUCCACUUUCUUUCCUGUCAUGGACGGUUUUUCCAGGUCUGCUGAAAGACUUUCUAAUUGUUUUUCUCCUUAAAAGGCUUUUAAACCUUUUUUCUGGGAUCAGUUUGGAGUUUUGGUCUAACCUCAUGUUUUAUAGCUUUUCUGUAAAGAAUUUUAUCUUUAAUUGAUGGAUGAUGAACUUUGAUGCUUCUUAGAUUCUUUGAGUUUUUUUUUGUGUAUUUCUUAAAAGUUUAAUCACAUCUUUGUUGACUCAGAAAACAUAAGGAUCCUUGAUUUGUGUGAUUAUUUACUUGGUGAAGCUGUUGCUGGGUGGAUUAUUGUUUUUUUUUCCAGGUCUGUCAUCAUUCGGACCCCAUUAAGCCAAAAACUGCUGAUGUUCAGGUUCUGUUACUGGAUCCUUUAUUCACCUUAAAAUGUGAACAGAGGUUGUUACGUGAUGCUAUUUUAUCUUUUUCUUGUUAAUAAAAGUCAGCGGCACAUUUAU